UUUGUUCGCCAAAAUGAAUAACGCGCUGCGGCUAUCUCGUUCGGUUUUGCAGUCAGCUGAUUCCUCGCUUAAAUCUAGUAUGGUGAUCUGCCAUGGUUUAUUGGGUUCCAAGAAUAAUUGGAAGAGUAUUUCUAAUGCGUUAUCCCUGAAAAACUGUGGAACUAUUGUGGCCGUUGAUUUACGUAAUCACGGAAGUAGCCCACAUUCCGAUGAUAUGAACUAUUUUAAUAUGGCAGAAGAUAUACACAUGGUUGUAGAUGACCUCAGCCUGCGGAGUGUAUGCUUGGUUGGCCAUAGUAUGGGCGGCAAAGCGGUUAUGUGCGCAGCUCUAAUGAAAGUAGUUAUCUUUUAAAUGAUUAUUAGCCAGCCAGAAAGGUAUGAUAAGUUGGUUGUAUUUGACAUAUCCACGACACCAAAACCUACUAUACAAUCUCUUACACCUAUAAUAGAUCUAAUGUCUUCUGUGGAUUUGAAAGCUUUGGGACACAAAAAUAAUGGGAAUAUAGGAAUGGUCCGAAAUUCAUUAAUGAAAGAAUGGGAUAAAACAAUCCCGAAUCCUACAAUGCGCGCGUUUCUUCUAACAAAUCUUGGAGAAAAAGAUGGAGAAAUAUUUUGGAAGGUGAAUCUUAAGGCAAUUAAAAGCUGUUGGAAUCAGAUAACAGACUUUCCUGCAGAAUUGAGUGGUCGUGUUUUCAACCAACCUGUGAUGUUUGUUGCAGCAAGCAAUGGAGAGUAUUUAGGACAAUCAGAUUUACCAUCUGUACGCAAAUAUUUCCCUCAAGCAAAAAUUGUUCAGAUUGCUAACACCGGUCAUUGGGUUCACUUUGACGCUCCAAAUACAGUGACCAAAUUGAUUACAUCUUUCAUGUUAGAUAAAUCAUUUGAUCCUACCUCAUUUGCAGAUGUUAAAGAGAUUAAAUAACAAUGAAAAUGGUUUACUGUCAUUAUGUAAUCGAUAAGAGAAGGAAGACAAACUUAUUUCUAU